UUCAAAAAUCGUCGUCUUAUUAAUAGUUAGUCCGUCGAGCUCAGACUCAUCAGCUAAGAGCCUGACCGCCGUCAACGGCGGAGCUCCGAGGAUCGAGCUGAGAUCUCGACGUUGGCCGGCGGCGGAGCUCCGAGGACAAGAAACCGUGAACGGUCUCUAACUCUUAGAUGUUCGUUGCAUCAUGUUUCUUGUUUUAAGGUCGUAAAAUUGAGGUUUCAGAACGUUGAAUUUCUUUUGAAAAUAGCAGGAGGAAGAAUAUGGCGGGGGCAUUCAUCGGUGGCGCAGCCUUAGGUGCUGCAUUCGGCGAGCUGUUUUCUGUAAUCAAGAAUUUAGGCGAGAGGGCGAUCAAUUUCAGUUCUGUUCUUAAGGAGAUCGAAUUCAAGGUGAAGGCUAUAUUGCCACUGCUUAAAGAAAUUGAUGGCCUGAAUGAAGCCCUGGGGUAUACGAAAGAAGAAAUGGAGAAGUUGAGAAACCUAAUAGAAGAUGGCAAGAGGCUACUUCUUAAGUGUGGCGAUGAUAAAUUGGGGAAGCUUAAGUGGCUGAAGACACCGAUUUACACAGGGAAGCUUCGUGAAUUGGAUGCUUCAAUUCGAAGUUUCAUGGACGUUUUGCAGUUGCAAACGGCUAGAGACAUGAAGAAGAACUUGACGAUGACGGAAAAAUUGAUGGAAACCCGUAGAAAUCCUGAUACCAAUGGUGGGGUAAGCAAUACGGUGGAUUCGCGGCCAUGUCAGGUUCCCGAUCUUGGAGAAGAAAGCGUUGGAUUGAACAAGCCAGUUGAGGAAUUGAAGGUGAAGCUUCUUAAAGAUGGGGUUCGAAUGUUGGUAGUGACAGCUCCUGGAGGUUGUGGAAAAACCACACUUGCCGUAAGGUUUUGUCACGACAAGCUAAUCAAAGAUAAAUUCCAGAACAUAUUAUUCCUCACAGUUUCAAGUAAACCAGAUACGAAGCACAUCUUAAAAGAUGUAAUUCUAAGCCUCAAGUGGCCUAAAGUACUGUCUUAUUCUCAAGAGGACGAACAGACACUCUGGUCUGAAGCUCGAUGGCUGGGACAAUCAAGUUCAAAUCCUGUAUUGAUCGUGUUGGACGAUGUCUGGGAAGGUUCAGAAUCAGAAUGCCUUCUUUCCAAGUUCCUCCUCAUGCCCAACUGCAAAAUUUUGGUCACCUCUAGAUUCAAGUUUCCUAGAUUUGGUGAGCCGUAUUACUUGGAACCCUUGAACCAUCAAGAUGCGAGGGAACUGUUUCAUCGCUCGGCAUCGCUGGAUAAAAAACCAAGGUUCCCAGAUGAAGAGAUUGUAGAAAAGAUAAUAAGGGGUUGUAAGAGAUUCCCACUUGCUCUGAAAGUGGUUGCAAGAUCACUUUCUGGUAGAGCUGCAUCGGUUUGGAAAGUUGCAGAGAGGAAAUUAUGUAGAGGAGAUUCUAUUUUGGGUUCUGAGAGAGAACUUAUGGAAUGCCUCCAAAGCAGCUUAGAUGCAAUCCCAGAUGAGAAUAUGGUAAUCAAGGAGUGUUUCAUGGACUUGGGUUCGUUUCCUGAAGACCAGCGAAUUCGUGUGGCUACAUUCAUUGAUGUUUGUGCAGUAUUGUAUGAACAAGAUGAAUGUGAAGCAAUGACAAACCUUGAAGGGCUUUCGACUAGGACACUGGUUAGCUCUGUCUCUUUGAGAAAUGAAGCAUGUGAAGAUGAUUACCACAGCGAGUCCUAUUUUACGCAGCAUGAUGUUCUUAGAGAGUUGGCUAUCCAAUUGAUUAAUGAGAAGCCCGUAGACCAAAGAACAAAGUUGCUUUUGGACAUUAACAGAAAUGAUUUCCCUAAAUGGUGGUCUGAAAAAGAGAUGCAACCCUCCAAUGCUCGCCUUCUAUCCAUAACAACAGAUGAGACGUUCUUAUCAUGUUGGCCUGACAUGGAAGCAACUGAAGUUGAGGUUCUAAUUCUAAAUCUUCUGUCAAAAACUUACAACUUGCCCGAGUUCAUGAAUAGAAUGAAUAGAUUAAAAGCUCUGAUUGUCACGAAUUAUGGACUACUUCAAACUGAAUUGGGCGGUGGUUAUCAACUAACCAACUGUUUGUCAAGGCUAGAAAGAAUCAGGCUUGAACGAAUUUCAAUUCCUCCUUUUAGUAAUCAGAACUUGAAACCACUGUCACAUCUUAAGAAAAUAUCGUUCUAUAUGUGUAAAGUUGAUAAAGCUUUCACAAACUGCUCAACCCAGAUCUCGACUGUGUUGCCUAACUUACUUGAGAUUUCCAUAGACUUCUGCAACGAUUUGAUGGCUCUCCCUAUUGGACUAUGUGAAAUUGUCAGCUUGGAGAAGUUGAGCAUUACAAACUGUCAUGGACUAACUUUGUUACCAGAAGAACUUGGGAAGUUGAUUGAUCUAAAAACUCUAAGGCUUAGAUCUUGCAUUCAUUUGAAGGAGUUGCCAGAAUCAAUCUCGAGGCUCCAAGAAUUAGUCAAUCUUGACAUAUCUCAUUGUCUUGGCCUUACCAAGCUUCCAGAAAAGAUUGGCAAGUUGCAGAAGUUGGAAAAGCUUAAUAUGUGGAGCUGUUCGAUCUCCAAGCCCCCAGCAUCACUAAGAAAUCUAAAAAACUUGAAGACAGUAGUGUGUGAAAAGGAGAUAGCAAAAUGGUUUAAUAUUGUCUCACCUCGGCUUCGGAAACUGGUAAAAGAACACACGGAAGAAGCCAACCUGGACUGGCUAUUAGCAUGACAGCUCCCUAUUUGAGAAGCUUUCUAAGGUUAUACCAGUGGUCGUUAAUACACGACUUACUGUUUCUUGUAAAAAAAGGUGCUGCAGUAGAAAUUUCAUCACCGUGGCCCUAAAGGAGAAAUAGAAAAAAGAUGCAAUUUGUUCAAGAGCCAUUUGGGUUGCCAGGAUUGAAGGGGCCAUGAUCGCUGAUGUGAACUAACGAACAUCCAUUGUCAUCAUGAAUGUGCUCCUUAAAUUUCAUAU